AUGUUCCCUUCAAUAAUUCUCAGAUAUCCUUUCAAGCCUCUCCUUAGGCACUAUGAAAACAAGUCCCAUCGUGAAGGUGAUAUGGAAAACGCUCAGUUCUGCCGCCUACUACAGCUUCCGAGGACCGGCAUUCUCCUCCUAUCAAAAAAGAAACUCUGGCAGCCCGUUGAAAGGUACGUCCAGAUGGGCUUCAAGCUACGCUUCUGCACCCAGCGUGAAAUCUACCUUCAAGCCAAGCAUGACAUGCUCUACGAGAAAAUCAACGAAAACCCAUCAACAGGAGACACUUCCACUUGGGUGAAUGAGAUGCAGGCCUACAAAACGGAACUCAAGUCUUUGAACGAAGCAAUCUGCAACCUGGAACGAGAGACGCAUCGCUGUAUGAGUACAAUUCCCGACGGUCCCCUGAAGCGGAUGCUAUGUGCACAUGAAGAAAAGGAGAAUUGGUAUCUGUCGAAGUUUCUGCGCGAGGAAUGUACGCGCUCCGGGGGAUGCUGUGGCCGGGAUUGCGGAUGCUGCGAGAAACUGAGAAAUGAUAAGCGUCCGCUCCAUAGAAGCCAUUGUACUUCGAUGUGCCUAUGCUGUGAAAAGGCAAGGGAGUAUCCUAUCAACGUUGAUAAAUAUGAGGAUGACCCGAUGAUCGUGGAUGUCUUUCUUCGCGGCUGGCGCGAGUUCUCCCAUUCCUAUGCGGGAAAAUGGGUGAAUGCUUAUGUCUUUGGAUUUAAAACCCUUGGAUCCCAGGCAGCUUAG